UUACUCUUCCUAGCCAGUGAAAGUGACACGUUUUGAAAAUGAAGUUCGCCAUCUGCGUUGCUUUGAUUAUUGGAUGCGCUGCGUUUGCUUCGGCGCGGCCUAAGAUCGUUGGUGGUCAGGAAGCAACUGCUCAUGAGUUCCCUUACAUGGUGUCCUUCCAAUGGAUGGAUUCUUAUGAGGGUCCGAGAGUGCAUUUCUGCGGUGGAGCUCUUCUGAACAAAGAGUGGGUUAUCACAGCUGCUCACUGCAUUGAGGCCUUCAGUAAGAAUACCGAAGUUGUCGCUGGAGCUCACAGCGUUGAGCAUCCGAACGAAUACGAACAGAGAAGGAAGGCUGCGAAGACUGUCGUCCAUAAGGACUACAUGGGUGGAGUUAAUCCUCAUGACCUCGCUUUAUUGAAGGUUUCAGAGCCUUUCGAGUUCAACGAGUUUGUUCAUAGUCUUCAGCUUUCCUACGACACGCCUCAAUAUCCUACUGGACAAGCUACCAUUUCCGGAUGGGGAUCGACAUCUAACACUAGUAAUCCUUUCUAUCCUGAUGUGCUGAGGAAAGCUGAGCUCACGCUCAUGGACUCUAAUAAGUGCCACAAUGACUUCCCUUCCACGCCAAUGCAUGAGACCAACAUUUGCGCUGGAGAGGAAGAUGGAUCCAAGGCUAUUUGCAGUGGGGAUUCCGGCAGUCCUCUCGUGCAGAAGGCUGUUGAUGGAACUGUGAUGCUGUACGGAGUCGUGAGCUGGGGAUGGGUGCCUUGCGGACUGCCUGGCACAACUGGAGUUUUUGUCAACGUAACUCACUACUUGAAGUGGGUAUUGGAAACAGUGCUCAGCGGUUAAAAUGGAAAUUGACUGAUUUUUUAUUAAAGUAA